UCAAAUCAUCACCAGAAACAGUCCAUCGUCGGUGAAGGCAACAUGUCUCUACACUCAGUUCUACUACCGCUCCUCGCAGUGCUCUCCGCACUAGGCUCAGCCAAUUGUGGCCUGCUGAACAUCUUCAACACGUCAACGGAUUACAACUUGGCUUCCGCCAUCGACAUUGCAUUCGCCAAGUCCAGAAACGACAUGGGCCUUCUGCUCUCAGGAGAGGUUACAACACCGAUCGAAGAAGAUGUCACAUUUUGGUGCGGAAACCGACAGGCCCCGGAGAUGAAUCAGACCUACCUGGAUGAUCCCGAUGUGCGUAAGAAAAUCGACUUCACCAAACCGAUCAUGCUGGUUACCCACGGUUGGUUGGACGACCAUACCAAAAACUGGAUUCAGAACACUGCCCGUGACGCUUUGACCAACAUGGAUACCAAUGUUUGCAUCGUUGGAUGGGGUAAUCUGGCGAGAUACAAUUACUUCCAAUCAGCUAGGAAGCACACUCUCCUCGUUUCGGGCUACAUGACGCAGUUCAUCAACUUCCUGAACAAAGAAGGAAUGGAAUUCGACAAAGUCACUCUGGCGGGACACAGCUUGGGGGCACAGAUUUGCGGUCAGGUUGGGUACAACCUCAACGGUAAGCUCGGAGCCAUCUACGGAAUUGAUCCAGCGGGUCCUUUGUUCACGUUGCCUCUGGAUCACGGCAUGCAGUACCGGUUGGACAGCAGUGACGCCAAGUACGUUCAGAUGAUCAUCACUUCGCGUGGAACUCUUGGUGUGGGUAAGGGAGAUGGACAUGAGAACUUCUAUCCCAACGGAGGAGACGCACCGCAGCCGAACUGUGUCCUGCCGCUGACGAGUGAUGCUGAGAUGGCGGAUCAAAUCAUUUGUAGCCAUUUGCAUGCGACCUCACUGUUCCGACUUUCUUUGGAUCCAGCGAUGUCUUACAAGGGGCGGAAGUGUUUCAAUUGGAUUUCUUAUUUCUUGAAAUCGUGUGGUCUGAACCCUGCGAACGUUAUCGGUGUCCACAGUGAAAAGAUUGGGGGUGAUUUCUAUCUUAGAACUUCAAAUGAUUCGCCGUAUGUGAAUUGAAGAACUUUAUGUUGUGACUCUGUAUAAGAAUAAAUAAAGAUUGCCUUAAAAAUA